AUGGUAACGCAGGAGCUGGCGGUGAAGAAGAUGAAGAAGAACUAGGCCUCUGUUGUGUUUGUUUCGGUCGGAGGACACUUUUAGGGCCUUUGGGCUCCUGAGGGGAAAUUUGCCCUUGUGACGCUUCGCCAUCAUGGACCUAAGCCUGAACAGAGUGGAUUAUCUCCAGGGUGGUGUGACUUCUCAGAAGACCAUGAAGUUGCUCCCAGCUUCAGGACGCAAGGCAUCACAGAAGGUUGUCAUUGGAGAUCUUGAUGGUGUUAUUACUUGUUUUGGUAUCAGAAAAGGAGAAUCUGUGCCGGUAUUCAAGACCUUGCCAGGGGAAAAGAUUGCCAGGCUAGAACUGGGAGGUGCACUUAAUACACUCCAGGAGAAGAUUUUUGUUGCUGCAGGAUCCGAGGUUAGAGGAUUCACAAAGAAAGGGAAACAGUUCCUUUCAUUUAAUACAAACCUCACUGAGAACAUCAAAGCUAUGCAUAUUUCUGGAUCAGAUCUUUUUCUUGGUGCAAGCUAUAUCUAUAACCAUUACUGUGACUGUAAGGACCAACACUACUACUUAUCAGGAGAUAAAAUCAAUGAUGUUAUCUGUCUUCCAGUAGAGAAACUUUCUUGCAUUACUCCCAUAUUGGCAUGCCAAGACAGAGUUCUUAGAGUUUUGCAGGGGUCAGAUUUGCUAUAUGAAAUGGAAGUUCCUGGUCCACCCGCUGUUUUGGCUUUGAAGGAUGGAAAUGGAGGUGACUCUGGCGAAGAGGUUCUAUUUGGAACAUCUGAUGGUAAAAUUGGUCUGAUACAGAUCACUGGUGUUUCUCCAGUAGAAAAAUGGAAAAUUGGUAAUGAGAAAAAAAGAGGAGGGGUCUUAUGUAUGGACAGCUUUGACAUUUUGGGAGAUGGAGUUAAGGAAUUGCUUAUUGGUCGAGAUGAUGGAAUGCUAGAAGUCUAUAACUUUGAAAAUUCAAGGAGCCCUGUUCUCAAAUAUGAAUAUGCCUUUUCAGAAAGUGUCACAUCUGUCCAAGGUGGCUGUGUGGGGAAAGAAGGCUAUGAUGAGAUAAUAACAGCAACAUAUUCAGGGUGGGUGUCAGGAUUAACUACAGAGCCGAUUCAUCGAGAGUGUGGAUCAGGGGAUGGAUUAAAGCUAUCUCAUGACAUGCAGAACAAGGUUUUAUCGUUAAGGAAUGAUUUGGAACAGUUACAGAACAAGGUGCUUCGAGAACGUGAAAAAUACCAGCAAUCUUCUCUUUCCAGCACUGCUGUGUCAGCAGUCCCAACAUUUAGUAUAAAUGAUAAAUUUACACUAAAUAGAGAUGAUGCCAGCUACAGCCUUGUUUUAGAGGUCCAGGCAGCAAUUGAUACUAUCUUGUUACAGUGUGAUGUUCCAAUAGACCUAAAGGAUGUGGAUAAAAAUUCAGCUGUGGUUAGUGUUGUUGAUUGUGAAUCAGAGCCCAAUGGCAACUUCCUCCUUGCCACAUAUCGGUGUCAUGCAAAUACUACAAGGCUUGAACUCAAGAUUCUAUCAAUUGAAGGUCGGUAUGGGACAUUGCAAGCGUAUGUAACACCAAGAGUUCAACCAAAAACCUGUCAAGUUCGACAAUAUCAAAUUAAGCCACUUUCACUUCAUCAAAGGACACAUUGUAUUGAUCGUGACAGACCCAUGAAUACACUAACCCUUAAAGGCCAGUUCAGCUUUGCUGAAGUUCACUCCUGGGUUGUGUUUUGCUUGCCUGAAGUUCCUGAAAAGACACCAGUGGGAGAGAGUGUCAGCUUCUACUUUCAGAACACAUUUUUGGAUACACAGCUUGAAUGUACUUACCGAAAAGGGGAAGGAUACUUCAAAUCUGACAAUAUAUCAACAAUAUCUAUUCUAAAAGAUGUGCUGUCUAAAGAAGCCACUAAAAGGAAAAUUAAUCUCAAUAUAUCAUGUGAUAUAAAUGAGAUAUCUGUGAACCACACCUUGAAGUUAAUUCAUCCAAAAUUAGAAUACCAGCUGAUGUUGGCUAAAAAAGUGGAACUAAUAGAUGCUUUAAAAGAGUUACAGGUGCAUGAAGGCAAUACAGACUUCCUGAUUCCAGAGUACCGCAGCAUUUUGGAGGAGGCUGAGCAGCUUCUCCAAGAGCACAAGAAACAACCUACAUCACUAGAAAGACUUUAUGGUAUGAUUACCGAUCUGUUCAUCGAUAAAUUUAAAUUCAAAGGUACUAAUGUGAAAACCAAAGUUCCUCUUCUCCUGGAAAUUUUGGGAAGCUAUGAUCAAAGCACACUGCUUGCCUUUUUUGAUAGUGCUUCAUGAACUGGAAGGACAGAAACAACUAUGAAAUCUCUCUAAAGUGAAUGUAGAAGAUGAAGAUAGCAACACCAAAUCUUUGUUUACAGGAUUUUAAAUGUAAUGCCUUUUUUAUUUGUACUGAAUGAAGUAUAUCUAAGGAAGGUCUCUAUUUACAUUUAUUAGGCAUUUUUUUAAGGAAAACCCCAACCACUGACUGAUGCCAGUUAUCACAUCCCAUACAUGAAAUUGUAUAUGGGAUUUGUAGCUUAAUGAUGAUUGGUAGGACUAGAAGACUGUUCGUGAAAUCUAACAUAUAUAUAUUCUUAAUAUAUUUUAUGCCACAUUAUUUAGAGAAGAAAGUGGAUAACAUUCCCAGUUCAUUAGCUUUUAAAGAAUCUGAUUUUGGAUUCUGAUUUAUCCUUGGAAGCUGGAAGAUUUUGAGUCUGCGGGUUACAUACAGUACUUUCUGUAUAAGACAAAGCUGUAUUUUGAAUCUCACUGUGUUUACUGGCCACAAAGGCAUGGCAUAUUCUGUGCACCAUUCUUGCCCAGUAUAGGACAUUGAGGAAAUGCAUAGUUCUGAAAAUCACAGAAUAGAAGGACAUACUGUAAAUAUCCACACACACUCCCUAUCUAUUGAAACACUAUUAGUGCCCAUCAGCUAUGAGCUGGUGUGGCAGCAGAGCCCCACAUUAGCCAGUCACUGAAAAAGGCAGUCUGUUCUUGGUAAUAUGGCAAGUCCCCUCCCAGAUCCAAGAUACAGUCUGUCAGGAGCUGUCUAUAUAUAGCACUAUCUUAUUGAUUAAAGAUAAUUACAUAUGUAAAUAGGAAAGAAGUAAUUUAUUAGAAAUAUGACUGGUUUUGUGCUUAUUCAGAAUCUAUUUGAUAAAUAAAAUUUUGAAAUCGUG